GGUAAAUAAAGUACAAUGUUAAUGUAGUUGUAUGACUUUUGUCUGUCACAGGUAUACUCAACAUGUUUGUGAAGGUUAUUAGCAUAUUUAAAAUAGUGUGCUGUACAAAAGACCUGGUCAGUUUGUUCUUGUACAUUUUAAGAUGCCACUGUUACUGACCUAGUUUUCUCUUUUGUCCCUCUGUUCUUUCACAGCUGAAGAGUCAGAGAUCUUCAGGUAGAGAGAGGAACAGUUGUUCUGAUAGGGUGGAAAUGGAACAGUCUAACAACUUGUUGUACUCGGGACCUCUAUCCCAGGCAGCCCAGAAGAUUCUGGCUGUUCUGCAGGCCCAGAGCAAAAGCUGCAAUAGUCGCAAACAAAGUCAGUCAGCAGGGAGGAUUUUUGACAGCCAGAGGGAGCCUUCACUUCACUGCAGCAGGAGCAUGACUCAGGAUGAGGAAAAAGACAGAGACUUGGAUUGGCCAUGGUCCAGGCCCCAGGGCCCCUCAUUUCCCACCUCUCACAACAACACUCUCAAUGAGAGGCAUAUCUCUCUGACCUCGGCGUCUCAUCAGUAUCCGCAGACACCAGACAACUCCCUGUCAUCCCAGGCCACUUCCUGCUCCCCCUUGUGCUGGGAAUCCUCACUCCAAAGGGACAUGCCUCAAAAGGAAGCCUGUAAUGAACACUGGCAGGCUUACUCCUACAGAAAGCCUUCCAAAAGCCCUGCUUACCAGUCCAGCCAGGCUCCAUCAUUCAUGCAGAAUAAGGUUUCUGAGAAGAUGGCAUGGUUCACCCUGAAAGAUAAACACGCUCUGUCCCUCCAAAUACCAGCCAGGCUUUCUGGCUAUCACGGUGCAAACAAUGAAGAAAUCAGACCAUCUUUCAUCAGUGAUCUUUCUCUAGGUGACUCAUCCAGUUUAAAAGUAAGUGUUGAUGCAUGUAAUCAUGUAUCAAGUACACUAAAGAAAAAUAAAGAUGCAAAAUGCUGGGAUGUCUCAAACGAGAAAGAAGGUACUGUAACAUCAGACAAUCUGCUAAAAAUGAAGCGACCUCCAACUGACCCGAGUGAAGAGGCUUGUAGUGGAGGAGAAGAUGGAGGAGUGUUAUUUCAGCACUCAGAGUCUGAAACAAGCAAAACUGAGUGGCCACAUUUACCUCUGAGUGGUUCAGACAUAAGCUGUCUUGCAAAUUCACUCAAUCUGACAAGACAUAGAGAUGUGGAGGAAGAUAUGAGAGUGGACAGGAAUGUGGAAGCUAUUGGACAAAUUUCACACAGUGAACAUGAACUGAACAUUCAAUCAAUUGGAGUCCACUUCCAAGAGACAGAACAAAUGUAUGCAUCUCUACCACAUAAGACAGUGUCACCCGAUGAAAUGGAGGGAUCUCUACUGUUUGAGAGCAAUGAAAGCAUCACAGCAUCUACAUCAAGUUGUUAUUCAGAGGCUGUUGAGCAUCGACCUGGCCUCAAGAGUAAAGAUGUAUCGAUGAGAUGUUACACUGGCUGUCCAAAAAAGAUCUCCUUAUCUUUAGAAAGGGGAACCGACAAGUUCUUGACCCAAUCUGUGAAUGAAAAAACAGAGAAGCACUACACAAAAUGGGCAAUGAUGCAGUGGGAGUUCACCAGGCUGGGUGAUGCCACUGCAGAUCACCUGGACAGACCCACGGGACAAAGAGUAGAUGUGAUGAAGGCUGAUUCUAGAGUGGAUAUCAGAAGUGAAAAAAAGGGAGACAAUCAUACAGGCACCGCUGGUGAGACAGAACAGUCCAGGUUUUCUGACAUCCAGCUAAGAGGUGGACAGUUUGAGACAUGUUAUGAAGAAGUCAAGGAGGUGCCUCGAGGGGACCGUGAGCAAGCAGAGGAGGAUACAUCUACAGAGGGCUCGGGGAGAGAAAGGUGUCCCACUACAGCGUUGUCCCACGAGUUUUGGGCAGGAGAGCUGAAAGUGCCAUGUCAACACCAUGGCAACAUGCAAAGCAUGAGAAAAAGCUGCAAGGGAACCAGCACAAACAUAUCAUCUUCCCCAGCAAGUACUUUUACAUCUGGACAAAUCGCCCCAACGGUUCAGGGCAUGGCCUCAUUUGCUGUGAAAACAAACAAAAAUCUGGAGAAGUGCAACCAAGUUUCAACUUUCCAACCUGAUUUAUAUCCUCAUUCUGUGAUCGCUUCAUUUCCCCUGAAGAGGAAACAUGAAGCGCUGCAGCAACAAGAUAUCCCACCCAAAAUCUGCCGAACCAGGCGUUCAAAAUGGGAGCCACCUUGUUCCUCACAGGUAAUGAUGAGGGAAGGAAUAAUGUCAGGUGAACAUCCACGUGUCCCUAAGCAAAUGCAACAAAGAAGCAGUACGAGGGAGGAGGGGUGCCAUGAGUUCACCAGUGUUUCCAAACAGACUCCAGCCUUCAUGACCUGUAAAUCAAAGCCAAAAAUAUCCUGUGGAGGGGACAAUACUGGUGAGCCCCAAUCUAAAGCUGGCCAUCGGACUAAAACCCUCAUGUCUGACCCCAGAGUGAAAGAUUCUGGGGAUCUGAACAUGGAUGAAAAGGUGCAGAUGCUUCAGAUGGCUGCACAAGCCAAGACGCUGGUGCUAACCAUGGUGUAUCAGGACGGAAGCACUCAGUUAAACGCAGAGCCGAAGCUCACUCCUGCCGUGUGUGGUCUCCUCAUUCUGAUGGUCUGGAGCGAUCUGGACAGUAGCGCACUAGAACGCUCCCUUGGACACAACAGCAACCUGCUCUACUUAAAUCUAUCUGAACAAAAACCUGCAUGGGCCCAGCAACACACAAAUCAGGACCAGGAGCUCUUUACAAGAGAUAUGCUGCUGAUGGUGCUAUCGAGACCUAAACUGGUAGUUUGCUAUAAAGCCAAAGAUUUGCUUCGUACGGCCCUGCAGUUUUACAAAGGAGAGCUUACGUUGAAACACGUGGCAGGCUGUCACAUUCAGGACCCGCAGGUGUCUGCAUGGCUGUUGGACCCUGCAGAUCCCUGCUCUUGCUACCUGGAUCUUCUCAAUAAACACUACAAAAGACCAACUACCACGCCUGCACUGGGUCCAAAUAAGGUGUCCCAGGUCAUCUCAGGUCUCUAUUCGCUCUACUGGCUUAAUUUGGAGCUAUGCUCUAAACUGCAGAGCCAGGGGCUGUGGGAGCUUUACUCAGACAUGGAGCUGAACAUGAUUCCGGUCCUGGCAGCCAUGGAAAGUCAUUGCAUCCACGUGGACAAAGACGCCCUCAAGAGGACUUCAGAUCUGUUGGGGACUAAGAUGAAGCAGUUGGAGCAGGAAGCUCACCAAGCAGCAGGUCAAAUAUUCCUCAUCACGAGCAACACUCAGCUGCGAACGGUUCUGUUUGAGAAGCUGCGCCUCCAUGAACGCUGCGAGAACAAGAACCUUCCCAAGACCAUCAACAAACAGCAGUCAACAUCAGAAGCUGCGUUGCUGCAGCUUCAGGGCCUACAUCCUCUGCCAAAGAUCAUUCUCGAGUACAGACAGAUUCACAAGAUCAAGUCCACUUUUGUUGAUGGGAUUCUCUCAUGCAUAAUGAGUAAGGACUACAUUUCCUCUACAUGGCACCAGACAAGUGUCAUAACUGGGAGAAUCUCUGCAAAACACCCAAACUUUCAGGCCCUUCCCAGGCAGCCUCUUCAAAUCAACAGGAAGCAGUUCAUCCAAGGAAAGGAAGAAGAGGUGCUGUCUGUUCACCCUCGAGCCAUGUUCAUCCCACAAAAGGGCUGGACCUUCCUUGCUGCAGACUUCUGCCAGGUGGAGCUGCGGCUCUUGGCUCAUCUCUCCUCUGACCCUGAGUUGCUUCGCAUUUUUAGUAACCCCCAGGCCGACGUCUUUACCAUGCUGGCCUCUCAGUGGAAAGGGAUGAGUGAGGGCGAGGUGACCUCUGAGGAUCGGGAACAUGCCAAACGUAUUGUGUACUCUGUUGUGUACGGGGCAGGCCGUGAGCGACUAUCAGGGAUCCUGGGGGUGAGUGCUGACCAGGCCAGCCAGUUCCAGGACCGCUUCCUCCAAACAUACAAAGAAGUCCACACUUUCAUCCAGAAGACCAUCCAGCUGUGCCACAAACAAGGGUACGUGCUAUCCAUCAUGGGUCGUCGGCGAAUUCUUCCUAACAUUAAGUCUCCAGAUUGGGGAAUUCGCAUGCAGGCUGAGAGGCAGGCUGUCAACUUUACAGUCCAAGCUUCUGCUGCUGAUCUCUGUAAGAUGGCCAUGAUCAGAAUCUUCAACCUCAUCACAUCCUCCUCAUUUGUUACGGCCAGGCUGAUAGCGCAACUCCAUGACGAGCUCCUGUACGAAGUGCAGGACGCCCAGGUGGAGAGCUUUGCAGCUCUGGUAAAGAGCACCAUGGAGUCCCUGCAGCAUAUAGAAUAUCUGGGCAUCCAUCUCAAGGUCCCCCUGAAGGUGGCGAUCUCCAGUGGCAAGUCCUGGGGGUCCAUGUCUGAGCUCACUGUCCCUACAGAAAUUCCCUCUCCUCCUCUUUGAGUCCCCCCUUCACCCUGCCUCCCUCCCUUCACUGCCCGUCUGUCCACCACACUUCUGUAUACAGUAAAAUAUGUGAUCCCUCCUGUCCACCGUAGUGUGAUCCCAUCUCUCUCUGAGCCUCUUGUUCCAUCUCUCCUACUGUCUUAUAGCCUUUCUCUCUGCCUCUCUCUUCACUUGAACUGCAUCCACCAUCGCUAUGGAAACCAGGCAGCUGCAGCUCCUUCCAGCUCCAAAUUUGCGCUUUCACUUCAUCCGUAUCCGGGGGCAACAGCAGGAGCCACAGACUGGAUUGCACCAGUUCUCUUUCUCUCUCUCUCUCUCUCUCUCCCUCUCUCUCUCUCUCUCUCUUUCUACAUGCUGGAAAAAAAAGUUAUCCUCCUCCGUUUUCACACUACCUUGUUAAGACCAACACUGUUUUCUCUGCCUCGUUGUCAAGGUGAAGCUCCGCGUUUGUGGGAGUGCUGUUGCUCUAUGAUAUUUAUUGGUUCAUAAAACUGGUUAGAUUUGGAUAUGAAACAUGUUGUACUUCGUUUGACGUUAAUAUUUCCUUGUUUUGCUUUGUUUGUGCUGAAUAAAAUUUGCAUGUAUUCGUUGUUCUUACACAAAAAAGAAUCUGUCACGGGAGGUUUGCGCUUUUUUUCUCAUGCCCGUUUUCUUUGUGUGGGCACUUAAGCUCAAUUAAUUUAAGCUCAUUUGCAUGUUAAAUGUUAAUCGUCGAAAAUAACCUUGUAAUUCAACUGACAACAGUCACAUCAAAGUCAAUUGUUGAUAGAGAAAUUUCAGUCCAGGAAAAACAGUCAUUUGCAUUAAGCAGAUAUUCCGGGACUUGUUUGUUUAGCAUUCAGCUGAUUGAAUGCAGAUGAUCUCAUUUUGCUCAGGUGUGAGUGUCCAGCAGCGUCUCACUUUUAUCCACUCAUUUGGCCCCAGUCUGCUCUCCCCUUUGUCUUGUUUGUGCCUCAGUCACACACACACAUUCCACAAAUGCUCCUACACAAGCACACACACAUACGCCCACUUUUUUUUCCACACACAGUCACCAUGAAUACACUCCCACUCAGUAGCCGGCUUCCAGGCACACUGACUGAGUUUCCUCAUCUUUGGCAGCCACAGGGAGACUCUUUUUGCCCCUUUAUACUCUCCUCCAAUUACAACCCUUUUAAACCUGCAAAAUUAUUCCAGUCUGAACCGUGCACACGGUGACAUUUUAAACAAAGCCCAACCCCAAUUACCUAUUUGAAAUGUUUCAUCCUAAUUAUAGUUGGUAUGUUGAUGCCACUGUUAAUGGCACAAAGGGAUAUCCAGACCGCCAACGCUCCUGUCUUGUUUUUGGGUUUACAUUCUUCCAGUUUCCUCUCUUUUCCAGUGUGUGGACCUGUCACGCUGCCCCAUUCAACCCCACAAACAGGAGUGUGAUCUCCAUGUGC